CUCUGCCUGCAUCUCAUUCUGAGCUACCCAAACUCUAGGCAGCCUGGACUCCAGGGGUCUGAGAGUUGCAGCAUGGGCACCAGGGCAGCGGUCACGGCCACACCCUCUCUUGUUUGGGGGCUUCUGAGUUACUGUUUCUUGUGCAGUUGGGCUCUGAGGAGCCAAAGGCCCUUGCGUUCACUGCCUCCGCUUCCCCCGCAAGCCAAGCCAGGAUCUGGGACCAUGUGGAGACCCCCAAAGGGGGCUGAAGCAGCCCUGGCUUUUCUCUACUCUGGAGAUGUCCAACAGCUCUCGGGAGCUAACUGCAGUGAGAGUUACGAAGUCCUCGGGGCAGAAGGCAGAGCAGGCAUGCCCCCAGUCCUCCAGAGAGCGGCGGGCACCCUGGCCCAGGCCGCCAAUUUCCUCAACAUGCUCCUACAAGCCAAUGACAUCCGGGAGUCAAGCGUGGAGGAGGACGUGGAGUGGUAUCAGGCCCUUGUGCGCAGCGUGGCAGAGGGGGACCCAAAAGCCUACAGGGCUCUGCUGACCUUUAACCCUCCACCAGGGGCCAGCCACCUUCAGCUGGCCCUGCAGGCCACUCGGAUGGGGGAUGAGACCAUCCUUCAGGACCUGUCUGGGAACACGGUACAGGAAGAGAAUCCAGAAGAAGACCCGGAUGGCCCCGACCUGCAGAAGCGUGUACUGACCAAUGACCUAAGGAGUCUCGACAGUCCCAAGUGGCAACGGGCAGAUGGAUACGUGGGGGACAUACGGCAGGUGAAGCUGUCUCCUCCCUUCCUGGAAUGCCAUGACGGCCGGCUCCGUCCUGGCUGGCUAGUCACAGUCUCUGCCACCUUCUAUGGACUCAAGCCGGACCUCACCCCAGAGGUCAGGGGGCAGGUGCAGAUGGACAUCGACCUCCAAAGUGUGGACAUCAAUCAGUGCGCGAGCGGUCCAGGCUGGUACUCUAACACACACCUGUGUGAUCUCAACAGCACUCAGUGUGUCCCUCUGGAGAGUCGAGGUUUUGUCCUUGGCCGCUAUCUCUGCCGCUGCCGACCUGGAUUCUACGGGACUAGUGGUUCUGGGGGGUUAGAGGAGAGUGCAACCCACACCGCUGGGCAAAUCGGGUCCCCACGAGGCAGCUUAGGGAAGCUGCUGCGGUGCCACCCGUGUCCUGAAGGCUGCACCAGCUGUCUGGAUGCCACACCGUGCCUGGUGGAGGAGGCCCUGGCGCUGAGGACUGCAGUGCUGGCGUGCCAGGCCUGCUGCAUGCUGGCUGUCUUCCUGAGUAUGCUGGUCGCCUACCAUUGCCGCAGGAGCAAGAGGAUCCGGGCAUCUGGAAUCUUCCUGCUGGAAACCAUCCUUUUUGGAUCCUUACUUCUCUACUUUCCCGUGUUCAUUCUGUACUUCAAGCCCAGCGUAUUCCGCUGCAUCGCUCUGCGCUGGGUCCGGCUGCUGGGCUUUGCCGUCGUCUAUGGGACCAUUACCCUGAAGCUUCACAGGGUGCUCCAGCUGUUUCUGUCUCGAACUGCCCAGCGGGCCCCACACCCAAGCAGCGGGCAGCUGCUGCAGCGGCUAGGGCAGCUCCUGCUACUGGUAUUGGGUUUCCUGGUUGUGUGGACAGCCGGCGUCUUGGAGUCAGGCAUGCAGGACACACCUCUGGUGACCCGAGGCCACACUCCCACUGGCCGCCACUUCUCCCUCUGUCACCAUGACCACUGGGACUACAUCAUGGUUGUGGCGGAAAUGCUGCUGCUCUGUUCAGGCAGCUUCCUCUGCUAUGCCACCCGGGCUGUCCCCUCAGCCUUCCAUGAACCUCGCUACAUGAGCAUCGCCCUGCAUAACGAGCUGCUUCUCUCCACUGCCUUCCACACAGCCCGGUUUGUGCUGGUUCCUUCCCUGCACCCAGACUGGACCCUUCUCCUCUUCUUCCUCCACACGCACAGUACAGUCACGGCCACACUGGCUCUGAUCUUCAUCCCGAAGUUCUGGAAGCCAGGGGCGCCUCCCCGGGAGGAGAUCUUAGAGGAAGUGUACGAGGAUGAGCUGGACCUGCAGCGCUCGGGCUCCUACCUCAACAGCAGCAUCGCCUCAGCCUGGAGCGAGCGCAGCCUGGACCCGGGGGAUAUUCGGGAUGAAUUAAAGAAGCUCUACGCCCAGCUAGAGGUCCGAAAGACCAAGGAGAUGACUGCUAACAACCCCCACCUGCCCAAGAAGCGGGCCAGCUCACGCCAGGGCCUGGGCCGCUCUUUCAUAAGGUACCUGGCUGAGUUCCCAGAGGCCCUGGCUAGGCAACACUCUCGAGACUCAGGCUCUGCAGGCCUCAGCAGCCUGCCAGGCUCUUCUCGAAGGAGGCUCCUCAGCUCCAGCCUUCAAGAAACUGAGAAGCCGCCAGCCCUGCGCAAGACCCGCAGUACCUAUGACCACCACAGGGAACACACCACACCUCCCUUUGAAUCCACGCUGAGGAGGACCCUGUCCAGGAAGUCCUCGCCAGCAGAGAUCCAAGAGUCGGUAGAGGGGCCCCCAGCCCUGGCCUUCAAGUCGGCCAGUGUUCACAACCUGACAGUGGAAGAGAGGCUCCCUAGAGCUAGGCCUGUCUCACUACAGAAGUCACUCAGUGUCGUGGCUGGCUCCAGGGAAAGAGCCCUGCUUGUGGCCAGUCAGGCCUACCUGGAGGAAACCUACAGGCAGGCAAAAGAGAGAGAGGAGAGAAAGAAGGCUGAGGUAGCCAUGGUGAGCCCCGUGCGGAGGCCAUCAACCAGGAGGCUGGAGCGGCCUCUAAGGGCUCCUCUGUCAGCCCCACCUUCCCCUGUCAAGAGCAGCAGCAUGGACAGCUCUCAUACCCCUGGGAGGCCUCCUGAGGAGGCUGGGAGAAGGCUGCCUCACCCUCCCAUCCGGCACCAGGUCUCCACACCCAUUUUGGCCCUGUCUGGUGCCUGUCUGGGCGAGGCAAGAAUGCUGUCUCCCACCCCAACCUCUACACUGGCUCCCACACCAACCUCUACACUGGCUCCCAUUCUGUUGCCAGCCCUGGCCCCGACUCCCACCCCUGUCCUGGCACCAGUCCCAAAGCCCCCCCAGAGCCCCACCCUUCUCACCUUCAUCUGCCCCUGGGAGAAUGCAGAACUGCCAGGCAAGAAAGAAAACAUGGUCCAGGAAGGCCCCACAGGGCCAGAGCGAAGCAGCCACUCACCUGCCUCAGCUCGUACCAAGAUCUGGAGGGCCCUCUCUGUGGCAGUGGAGAAAAGAGGAACAGGGGAGAGUGAGACGCUCACAGAGGGUGGUCACGUCCAGGGGGAAGGCGACAAUAUGGAGGAGGACAAGGCCAAGGUCUUCUCAAAAUCCCACAGCCUCAAGACUCCUCUGCAGCAGGGCUCCGUGCGCAGCCUAGGCCUGGCCAUCAAAGCUCUGACCCGGUCCAGGAGCAGCUACAAAGCGAAGGAGGGUGGAGAGGGUGGCCCUGAGACUGAGAAGGGAAAGCCUGCAGACACAAGCGCGGGGGCUCCACCCCGAUCUCCCAGGCCAGGCCGGCCCAAAGCAGUGAGCAAACAGGCUGCCCUCACCCCCUGUGAGGAUGAAGAGACCCUCCAGAACCAACAGAAUGCUCACACCAGUAGAAUGCUCCAUGCUGGUCAGAAGGAAGGGAGCAGAGAGCAAGAUGAGAGAAACAAGAGAGCACCCCAGGGUGUGGGGGAGCGGAAAGCUGAGAAAACUGGCAAAACCGCGCUUGCCACACUGAGGCAAGUUUUCGGAGACAAAAAUGCUGAACAAGCAAAGGAAUGCCCUGUGGAAUACCAAGAGGUGUCCAACAGUGCCCUCCAACCCCUAGGCAGUGCUGACCACAGUGUGGCAGAGGUAUGCCCCUGGGAAGUAACUGAAUCAGGAAUGUGCCAGCCAGAGAGUACCAACAAGACCAAAAUGUCCUCCUUGGAGGGGACAGAAGGAGGCCUCGAGAAGAAGCAACCAACAAGACAAGUUCCAAGUAGCUCCUGGGAAAGGAAGGAGAAAGCCCCGGAGGAAUCAGAGCCCAAAGGUGAGGGUGCAAUUACUCGAAAAAAGCCAGAGAGGCUGGUCCGGAGCCAGGAGGUGGUGUGUCCUUGGGAAAGUGCCAACCCUGGAGGUCUGUCUCCUCAGUUGGCCCAUCAGGACUCUGACAGAACCCAAGGCAGAUCUGUGGUGGGCAGUACAGAAGUGAGGGACGGGGGAAAGCAUCCAGAAGCUCAUCCACCCGAUGUUGUCAAGGCAGAGCUGUGCCCGUGGGAGAUGAGUGACGUCAGUGAGGGGACGGUGGCACCGACAGUACAGAAACUCCCUGAAGAAAGGCCGAAAUCCCCCAAGAAGGCAACGUUCUGGAGAGAACAGAAUCUAGGUAGAGACCUAGUGUCUCUUUGUCCAUGGGAAAGCACUGAUUUUCGGGGUCCCUCAGCAGUCUCACUUCCAGACCCAGGAAGCUCAGGGAGUUUUGGCAGUGUCAAGGCAGAGGUAUGCCCAUGGGAGGCAGGAGAUAUAUCUCAUGAUAAGAAAGCUGAGGUCUGUCCCUGGGAGCUGGGUGAUGAGCUAGCAGGGACGGAAAUACCGAAUCAGGGGGCAGAUGGGAAAUCUCUCCCAGGAAAGGAGACCUCCGCCUCCAGAAAUGGAUGCUGCUCCGUAGGGUCGGGGGAGCAAACUGUGAGGGCAACGCCCACAAGUGGUCAAGGGCAGGAGUCAGUGUGCCCCUGGGAGGACGCAGUUCCUGGGCAGACCAUCUCAUAUCCGGGUGACUCCUCAUCCAAGGCUGCUGGGAAAUUCCCAAGCAAUGGGGGCAGCCAGGCACUGCAAGUGUGUCCUUCGGACGUGCUCAAGCCAGAGGAAAAGCAGGCAACGCCUUCAACAGCAGAAAUCUGUCCCUGGGAAGUAGGCGGAAGAACAGAUACCAGGACAUCAGAACACAUCCCAGAAGAAGGAGACUUCCAGGAAGAUGAGAAAAUACCCCAAAAAGUGAGAAUCCAAGCAUGGGAAAAGGCUGAGGGGCGGAUCCAAAAGCAGGAAGCAGUCUGCCCUUGGGAAAGCAUGGACCAUGGUAGCACCCCGCAAAAAGACACAGAGAAACCCCAAGCCGCUCUCCAGAGGCAAGGCAGUAUGGGAAGCAAAGCUGCUGAGAUCUGCCCGUGGGACUUGGAGGAAACCCUGACAGCUGAGAAGGCCAAGAUCUGUCCCUGGGAAGUAGGUGCUGGAGAGGAAAAGAUUGUGGUAGCUGAAGCCUCGGGAGUCGCUUCAAAUGAUACGGGUGAGACUUCUGUAGCUUCUGGACCCAGCCAGAGAGCUGUUUCUGCUCCAAAGAAGCCAGAGGGGCCAGGCUUAGAGGAAGAGGUUGUCUGUCCCUGGGACAGCUUCAGGCCAGGGGACUCCUCUCAGCGGCCAGACACUCCGCACACUGAGAAACUGAAAGAAGGACUCCAGAACCUGGACCGUGGGAGUUCCAGGCCAAUAGAGGUGUGUCCCUGGGAAGUGGAGGAAGUUCCUACCAGUGAAAAAGCCAAGAUCUGCCCCUGGGAAGUGAAUGAAGAAAGCACAACUAAAGGACUGGUGCAAGAGACGAGGAGUCAGCCAGCAGAGCAAAGGAGGAAGACUCUGGAAAAGGCGGGACCCCACUUCCAAGAAGAAGGCACAUCCAAAGGGGACGCAAAACUCCACCAGGAACAAGAAGAGGAAGCUAUCUGCCCUUGGAAAGCUAAGGACUCUGCUCAGGUCUCCAAGGCCUCAGACUUGCCCAGCAGCACCAGUGGUCGAGCAGUAGAGGGACAGUCCUCAGAAGCAAGUGACGGGGCAACAGAGAAGAAAGACCUGAGACAAGACCUGAAAACGCGUUCUCUCCCAGAAUACGCACCCCAAGAGAAAGCUCUAGCUUUAAAAUCACAGUUCCCCGCUGACGAGGGAGGAGCAAGCGAGAAACAGCAGUCUGUCUGUCUGCCAGAAAGCCUGGUUUCGGCAGGCUCCUCCUCCCACUCACACAGCCAAUGUGCAGACCAACCUAGCACCAGCACCCUGACACCGGUCAGUGCUGGGGAUGGGGUAGCUGAGGUGUACCCAGGGGAAGCUCCUGAUCCGAAUAAACCUGACAACGACACCAAGGUUGAGAUCUGUCCCUGGAAGGAGACUGGGAGAGUUAUGGAGAUGGAGGCAUCAAGACAAGAUGAAAAGGAGAAAUCUCAAAAAGAAAAAGAAAGGGGCCCUGAAGAGCCAGAAGGCAAAGGUGUGGCCAUCCAGAAAACACCACAGACCAGCAACUCUGGGAAGCAGGAAGCUAUGUGUCCUGGGGAGAGUCAGGACUUUGGGGUGCAAGCGGCCACAGGUGCUUCUAAUGGGAGCAAAGGCGAUUCUGAGAAAGUGAGCUGUGUCGGGACCAGGGUGGCAAAACUGUGUCCCUGGGAAAUGGAAGAGGUCCCCUCUGCUAAAGAAGUGGGGGUCUGCCCUUGGGAAACAAGGCCAGGAGCACAUGGGGAGGGGCCACUGGACCGAGGGCAGAAUGGAGAGUCACACGGGGCUGGAGGGGCAGCAGAGGCAGACUACCCCUCGGAAGGCGCAGCGUUAACAGGGCUGUUCCCCAAGGUAGACACUCUGGACACAGAGCACCCCAAGAUCAGCCCCCAUGGAGUGGGCAGCCCAGGGAAAAGGCUAGCGGAAGUCUGUCAAUGGGAAGUCACAGACCCAGAAGGAAAUAAAACCAAGGGCACCAUGGCGGACAUCUGUCCAUGGGAGGAUGCUAGAGCCGGACCUGAUGACUCUGGCCUCCUGGCUUUACCAACAGCCCAGAGAGACAUCACUGCUGCCCCUGAGAAAUCACUUUGCCUCUCAGUACACAGACCUCUGGAGGGCUUUCUGCCAGAGAGCAAGAGCGCCCACCCAGAAGGGAGCAAGCUAGCCAGUGCUUUCCCUCUAGGAGGUGUCAAGGAACAAGACCCUUCGGGACUUGAGUCUGGAGCCAAACCAGCUCCAGAACCAAGUCUUGAAAAAGCAGAGGCUCUGAAGACUUUGUCCCUAAUCGAAGGCCAAGGACAAAUGGCUUGUGAAGCUGAAGCUGAGGAACAAAGCCCUCCACCUGCCUACCCCUGGGACUGUGAAUGACAGCACCACUUCCCACGUCCCAGUGUCCCCAAAGAGCUGACUCGAAGACACUUGGCUACUGUACAAGGAACUGUACAGGAAGGGUGCAGAAGUCGAUGGUGGUGGCGCAUGCCUUCAAUCCCAGCACUCGGGAGGCAGAGGCAGGCAGAUCUCUGUGAG